AUGAGCUUCCUGCAGGUGGAGAAUCUGAAGACCCGCCUGCGCGAGAACAAGUAUGACGUCGGCGCGUGGGAGCAGCUCAUGGGGCACUACCGCGGCGGCGGCAACUCGAGGGCGAGCUUCGUGGAGCGGCAGGAGGUGUACGAGGAGCUUCUGGCGGUCUUCCCAACGGCCGCUGGUUAUUGGAAAGCCUAUGCAGAGGCUGCCAUGGCUGUUAAUGAACACGGAAGGGUGAAAUCUAUCUUCAGUCAGUGCCUGUUGAAUUGCCUGAACGUGGACCUAUGGACGACAUAUUUGCGUUUCAUCAAGAAGGUAAAUCAACAAAAGGCAUCUGCUAAUGGAGUCAAAGAGUUCAAAGAAGUCAGAGAGGCCUACGAGUUCACGCUCGAUCGUGUUGGGCAGGACAUCAACUCGGGCCCGGUCUGGCAGGAGUACAUUAACUUCCUGCAGUCCCCAAAGCCUGGUACCCCUGCCUACAAAGCAUUGUUUGCUGAUGAAGGAAUAGCAGGCCAGGAGGAGGCGCACAGGGUCACUGUUUUGAGACGUCAGUACCAGCGUGCAGUCGCUGUGCCCACCCACCGCCUGGAUACCAUCUGGAAGGCCUACGAAAAUUUUGAGAAGACAGGCACCAGCAAGACCCUGGGCAGGAACCUCCUUGAUGAGCACCGCUCACGAUACAUGUCUGCUCGCCGUGUGUACAAUGAGAGAAAGAGCCGUCUGGAAGGCAUCAGGCACACAGCGCUUGCUGUACCCCCAGGUGAAGGUGGGCCACAGCAGCAGGAACAAAUUGGCUUAUGGCUAAAGUAUCUGGAGUUUGAAAAGUCCAACCCACAGAGGCUGGACCAACCAUCCCUCGUUGCUCGUGUCAGCUUGGCAUACGAUCAAGCACUGAUGUGCCUUGUGCACCACCCAGAGAUUUGGAACGACUAUGCUCGUUUCCACAUUGCUGGUGGGGGGACCUUGUCUGCAGUCAAAGUCCUUGACAGAGCUCGGACGUGCCUGCCAAAUUGCUUGAUGUUGCACUUUGCCUUGGCCGACGUUGAGGAGAGCGAAGGGCACAUCGAAAAGGCAAAAGACGUCUAUGAGGAGCUGGUUCGGUGUCUUGAGGGAAUGGAAGAAAAAGAGGAAGGCAGCAGGUCGAAAGACCGGCUGGCUGGGGUUGAUCUGUCUGAUCAGGCUGCUCUCAUCUGGAUAACGUACAUGCGCUUUCUGAGGCGUGCAGAAACGCAGAAGACUUCCAGAGAGCUCUUCAUACGUGCCACGAAAUCAGGGAGCUGCCCUUGGGAGGUGUAUGUGGCAGGCGCAAUGCUUGAGUGGAGGUCAAAGGAGCAGGACGUCGUUGUCCGAAUAUUCGAGAAGGGGAUGAGGAAGCAUCUUGGGAACCCUGACUUUGUGUUGCAGUACAUCAACUUCCUGCUUGGCAUCAAUGACCUGGAGAAUACGAGGGCUGUGUUUGAGCGUGCGCUCAUGUUGGAGCCCUGCCAGAAAAGCCAGGCCAUGUGGGAGAAGUACAUCCAGGUGCUGUACGAAGUCGGCGACAUCACCUUUGCCCGUGACGUGGAGGAGCGCAAGCGAGCCGCCCUUGGUGACACAACUACUAACAACAUACACUCCCUCAUAUCGCGCUACCGGUUCCUGGACAUCUGGCCGAUGGCGCAAGGCAUCCAGACAGACCACAUGAAGAGGGUGCUGGGAAUGAUGGCGCCACCACCAAUGAUGGCGGGGCCGCAGGCCCAGAGGGCAUGGGGCCCAGGAAUGCAGCGGGAGGCGGAGCCUUUGAGGCUGCCUCCCGUGCUGGGCAACUUCAUAAACAGGCUGCCUACCCCAACAGGAGCAGAGGGCGUUGUUCCAGACGCAGAGGAAGUGAUGGCUGGGCUGAGGAACGCAGACUUGUCCAUGGCAAGCAUUUCUCGGCAAUGCAUGGAGGCGGAGGGAAUGGGUGGGGGAAAACUUCACGAUCAUUUGAGAGGUGACGAUGCGAAUGGCCGCAGGCGAGGAAGGUUUGACGACGAGGGUGACGGGAUGUACCCAGUUCGCUCAUGGGAACCGUCGAUGGAUGAAUACCGAAUGCGCAUGAAGCGAAAAAUGAUGGUGGAGCAACAGGAAGUUGCAGCCAAGAAGGCCGCUGCUAAAGCAGCAAGGAAUGGGAUGGGUGCAGCAAUAGAGGUGCCGUGA